CGUUGCAGGUGCGCGUCUGGCGCUACCUGAAGGGCAGAGACGUCGUCACUCACGAGAUCCUGUUGGACGGCGGCAACAAGGUGGUCAUCGGCGGCUUCGGGGACCCCUUGAUCUGUGACAACCAGGUCUCCACGGGGGACACCCGGAUCUUCUUUGUCAACCCUGCCCCCCAGGCCCUGUGGCCGGCCCAUCGCAACGAGCUGAUGCUCAACUCCAGCCUGAUGCGCAUCACCCUGCGCAACCUGGAGGAGGUGGAGCACUGCGUGGAAGAACAUAGGAAGCUUCUUGCUGACAAGCCCAACAGUUACUUUACCCAGACGCCGCCGACGCCGCGAGAUGCCUGCCGGGGGAUGCUGUGCGGCUUCGGGGCGCUGUGCGAGAGGAGCUCCACAGACCCUUCCCAGGCCUCCUGUGUCUGCAAGAAGACAGCUUGUCCCGUGGUGGUGGCUCCUGUCUGCGGCUCCGACUAUUCCACCUACAGCAACGAGUGUGAGCUGGAGAAGGCCCAGUGCAACCAGCAGAGGAGGAUCAAAGUCAUCAGCAAGGGACCGUGCGGCUCCAAGGACCCCUGUGCAGAGGUGACCUGCAGCUUUGGCAGCACCUGUGUCCUCUCUGCUGACGGCCAGUCGGCCAAGUGCGUGUGCCCCUCGUCCUGCAGCGCCGCGCCCGAGGGCACCGUGUGCGGCAGCGACGGGAAGGACUACCCCAGCCUCUGCCACCUCAACAAGCACGCCUGUGACAAGCAGGAGAACGUCUUCAAGAAGUUUGAUGGCCCCUGUGACCCCUGCAAAGGUGUCCUCAACGACAUGAACCGCGUGUGCCGGGUGAACCCCCGCACCCGCAGGGCAGACCUGCUCCCCCGCCCCGAGACCUGCCCCCCGAAGAGGGAACCGGUGUGCGGCGACGACGGGGUGACUUACGACAACGAGUGCACCAUGGGGCGCUCGGGGGCCAUCCGGGGGCUGGAGAUCCAGAAGGUGCGUUCAGGGCAGUGCCAGCAUCAGGACAAGUGCCAGGAGGAGUGCAGCUUCAACGCCGUCUGCCUGAACCGCCGCGGCAGCGCCCGAUACCUGGGCACUCCCAGCCCGUGCCUGAGCGUGGAGUGCACCUUCGGGGCCACCUGCGUGGUGAAGAACCAGGAGGCUGUGUGUGAGUGCCAGCAGGUCUGCCAGGGCCGCUACGACCCCGUGUGCGGCAGCGACAACCGCACCUACGGCAACCCCUGCGAGCUGGACUCCAUGGCCUGUGUCCUCAAGAGGGAGAUCAAAGUGAAGCACAAGGGGCCCUGCGACCGAUGUGGGAAGUGCCAGUUUGGGGCCAUCUGUGAGGCAGAGACGGGGCGGUGCGUGUGCCCCACCGAGUGCGUCCCCUCCUCGCAGCCCGUCUGCGGCACCGACGGCAACACCUACGGCAGCGAGUGUGAGCUCCACGUCCGGGCCUGCACCCAGCAGACCAACAUCUUGGUGGCUGCCCAAGGAGACUGCAAGUCCUGCGGCAGCACGGUCGCCCCCUGGGCCAGCCGCUGCCUGGGCGGGCAGUGCGUGUGUCCCCGCUGCGAGGGGCAGCCCCGCGCCCCGCUCUGCGGCUCCGACGGCCUCACCUACCACAGCCUGUGCGAGCUGCAGGUGGCCUCCUGCCAGCAGAAGAAGAGCAUCCAGGUGGCCAGGAUGGGGCCCUGUGAGGACGAGUGUGGCUCGGGGGGCUCGGGCUCGGGAGACGGCAGCGAGUGUGAGCAGGAGCGGUGCCGGCAGUUCGGGGGCUGGUGGGACGAGGACGCGGAGGACGAUCGGUGCGUGUGUGACUUCACCUGCCUGGCAGUGCCACGCAGCCCGGUGUGUGGCUCUGAUGGGGUGACCUACACCAACGAGUGUGAGCUGAAGAAGACACGGUGUGAAAAGCGCCAGGAUCUCUAUGUCACUAGCCAAGGAGCCUGCCGUGCCCUCACCACCACCCCACCACCUCUCCUGGUUGUGCACUGCAGCCAGACCAUCUAUGGAUGCUGCCCAGACAACAUGACCUUGGCACUGGGAGUGGGUGCAGCUGGAUGCCCAAGCACCUGCCAGUGCAACCCCUACGGCUCCCGCCGGGGGGCCCUCGCCGACAGCAAGAGCGGCUGCACCCCCUGUAACUGCGACCCAGUGGGCUCGGUGCGCGACGACUGUGAGCAGAUGACUGGGCUGUGCUCCUGCAAGACUGGGAUCACUGGCAUGAAGUGCAACCAGUGCCCCAACGGCAGCAAGCUGGGCAUGACUGGCUGUGAGAAAGACCCGUCAGCCCCAAAAUCCUGUGAGGAGAUGAGCUGUGAGUUUGGAGCCUCUUGUGUGGAAGUGAAUGGCUUUGCCCACUGCGAGUGCCCGUCCCCACUCUGCUCCGAGGCCAACAUGACUAAGGUGUGUGGCUCUGAUGGUGUCACCUACGGGGACCAGUGCCAGCUGAAGACCAUCGCCUGCCGGCAGGGCCAGCUCAUCACAGUGAAGCACAUGGGGCAGUGCCAGGAGUCCAUCACCCACACCAGCCACAUCUCACCACCCACACCACUUCCCACACUGCCCCUGGACAAGUUAAUCCUUCCUCCACCACGGCUCACCACCCAGGCCCCCGAGCCCCCCGAGCUGGCUGCCAGCUCCCCUCCAUUGCAAGCCAGGUCUACUGAGACAAGUCACCCCACGACGAGACGCGUCACGACUGCCAGACCUGCCACGACGCCGUGGGUGACCCACGGGGUGUACAAGACCACUGUUCGCCCUCUCUCCACUGCACCAGUGGUCCUGACCACCCCCCAGCCUGCCUACGUGGAAUCAGGCAGUGCAGAAGGCAGUGGAGACCAAGAGAUGGGCAUCAGUGGAGACCAGGAAUCGAGCGGGGCAGGCUCUGCUGGGGAGGAGGAGGAGGAGGAGGAGGAAAGCCAGGUGACUUCCACCCCGGCCAUCGAGAGGGCGACGUGUUACAACACCCCGCUGGGCUGCUGCUCUGAUGGCAAGACUGCAGCUGCUGAUGCAGAAGGCAGCAACUGUCCAGCUACCAAAGUCUUCCAAGGAGUCCUCAUCUUGGAGGAGGUGGAAGGCCAGGAGCUGUUCUACACACCUGAGAUGGCUGACCCCAAGUCAGAGCUCUUUGGGGAGACAGCCAGGAGCAUUGAGAGCGCGCUGGACGAGCUUUUCCGCAGCUCUGACGUCAAGAAGGAUUUCAAGAGCAUCCGUGUGCGGGACCUGGGGCAGAGCAGCGCUGUCCGUGUCAUCGUGGAGUCCCACUUUGACCCAGCCACUUCCUACACGGCAGCUGAUGUCCAAGGGGCCCUGCUGAAGCAGAUCAAAGCUUCCAAGAAGAAGACCAUCCUGGUGAAGAAGCCCCAGCAGGAGCACGUCAAAUUUAUGGACUUUGCCACCACCACCAAGAAGCCCCCCAGACCCUGUGACUCCCACCCCUGCUUGCACGGGGGCACCUGUGAGGAUGAUGGGAAGGAGUUCACCUGCAGCUGCCCGGCCGGCAAAGGAGGAGCCGUCUGCGAGAAACCCAUCAGGUACUUCAUCCCCAGCUUCGGGGGCAAGUCCUACCUGGCCUUCAAGAUGAUGAAGGCCUACCACACGGUGCGCAUCGCCAUGGAGUUCCGGGCCCUGGAGCUCAGUGGGCUGCUGCUCUAUAACGGGCAGAACCGCGGCAAGGACUUCAUCUCCCUGGCGCUGGUGGGCGGCUUCGUGGAGCUGAGGUUUAACACUGGCUCUGGCACGGGUGUUAUCACCAGCAAGGUGCGGGUGGAGCCUGGCAAAUGGCACCAGCUGGUGGUGAAUCGCAACCGGCGCUCGGGCGUGCUGGCCGUGGACGGGGAGCCCCACGUCAGCGGGGAGAGCCCCCCGGGCACCGACGGGCUCAACCUGGACACCGACCUCUUCAUCGGGGGGGUGCCCGAGGACCAGAUGGCUGUGGUGGCAGAUCGCACGGCAGCCGCGGGCGGCCUGAGGGGCUGCAUCCGCCUGCUGGACGUGAACAACCAGCUGUACGACCUGCGGGAGAAGGGCACCGAGGUGCUGUACGGCAGCGCCGUGGGCGAGUGCGGCAACGACCCCUGCCAGCCCAACCCCUGCCGCCACGGGGGCAUCUGCCGCGCCAGGGAGGCCGAGAUGUUCCACUGCCAGUGCCUGCACAGCUACACCGGCCCAACUUGUGCUGACGAGAGGAACCCCUGCGACCCGUCGCCCUGCCACGUCUCUGCCACCUGCCUGGUGCUGCCGGAGGGAGGUGCCUUGUGUGCCUGUCCCAUGGGCCGGGAAGGAGACUUCUGCGAGCGAGUGACAGAGCAGGACCACACCAUGCCCUUCCUCCCGGCGUUCAAUGGCUUCUCCUACCUGGAGCUGAAUGGGCUGCAGACCUUCGGCAUCACCUGCAGGGAAAUGUCCAUGGAAGUUGUGUUCCUGGCCAAGAGCCCCAGUGGCAUGAUCUUCUACAAUGGGCAGAAGACAGAUGGCAAAGGGGACUUUGUCUCUCUGGCCUUACACGAUGGCUACCUGGAGUACAGAUACGACCUGGGCAAAGGGGCAGCUGUGCUCAGGAGCAAAGAGCCAGUUCCCCUCAACACCUGGAUCAGUGUCCUGUUGGAGAGGAACGGGCGCAAGGGGAUGAUGACGAUCGACAGCGGUGACAUCGUGAUGGGAGAGUCACCGAAAUCCCGUAAGGUCCCUCACACCUUCCUGAACCUGAAGGAGCCAUUUUAUGUGGGGGGAGCCCCUGAUUUCAGCAAACUGGCUCGAGCAGCUGCCAUCUCCACCGGCUUCGAUGGAGCUGUGCAGAGGAUCUCCAUCAAGGGGGUGCCUGUGCUGAAGAAGCAGAACAUCCUCAACGCCACCGAGAUCUCCCCUUUCCGAGGCCACCCCUGCACCCAGAAGCCCAACCCGUGCCAGAAUGGGGGCACCUGCAGCCCCCGGCUGGAGAGAUACCAGUGUACCUGCCAGAGGGGCUUCUCUGGAGCCCACUGUGAGAAAGUGAUCAUUGAGAAGGCUGCUGGAGAUGCAGAGGCCAUUGCUUUUGAUGGUAGGACCUACAUGGAGUAUCACAACGCUGUGACAAAGAGUCCUGAAGCCCUGGACUACCCCGUGGAGCCCAGUGAGAAGGCCCUGCAGGCCAACCACUUUGAGCUGAGCAUCAAGACAGAGGCCACGCAGGGGCUGCUCCUGUGGAGCGGGAAGGGGCUGGAGCGCUCGGACUACAUCGCCCUGGCCAUCGUGGAUGGGUUUGUGCAGAUGACCUAUGACCUGGGCUCCAAGCCUGUUGUCCUGCGAUCCACAGUCCCCGUCAACACCAACCAGUGGAUUCACAUCAAAGCAUCCAGGGUACAGAGAGAAGGUUCCCUUCAGGUUGGCAAUGAAGCUCCCAUUGCUGGCUCUUCUCCUCUUGGUGCAACACAGCUGGACACAGAUGGGGCCCUGUGGCUGGGGGGGCUGGAGAAGCUGAGUGUGGCCCACAGGCUGCCCAAGGCCUACAGCACUGGCUUUGUUGGCUGCAUAAGGGACGUGACUGUCGACCGCCAAGAGCUGCACCUGGUGGAGGACGCUUUAAACAACCCCACGAUAUCACACUGCUCAGCCAAAUAGACCCCCCCAGGGACCCUUUCCUUCUGCCCUCCCUCCUGCCUCUUGCUGUAAUUAUUUUCUAUUUUUGUAAACUUAUUGCUUUUUUUAUUUUGGGGGGGGGGGAGGGUGGAAAGGGAGGGGAGGAAACACCUUUUCUUUUUUGUUGGGUUACUGGUUCGGUUGCAGUCUCUCCAGGUCAGUCAGACUCUGUAAAUCAAACAGCAGCAACAAAGAACAAACCUUCAACCAAGUCUCCAAGAAGUGACAGAAGAACUUCCCCCGUUGCACCUGCAUUGUAAAUCUUAUUCAUACUUGAAGCUUCUUUUUGG